GCGGGGCGAGGACAUGGCGCCGGGGAGCGCGGGGUCCCUGCCGCGUCCCGUCCCGAGCUGCCCUCCGGGGAUGGGCUCCGCCUUCAGCCCCCCCAGGCGCGGCAGGCGGGGACGCCUCUGUGAGCCGCUGUCCUGUGGGGCGGGGGGAGAGCGGGGCUACGAGCCCAAUUUUGGUGAUCGAGUGUAGGAAGACGUGCUAGGGGUUCCUGGAAUGCAGGGGUAUUUGGAAGCAGUGGGCUGAGAGGCAUCCUCCCCGUGUGUCAGAUCCUGCCGUGCCGUCUGGCUUGAGUGGUGCCUUCUGCAACUCCACCAGGCUCACCCUGAAGGAGGGACGUUCAUGUUUAGGAUCCUGACUACACGAACUUCACAAUGCCUAUUCUUGAACACCCAGCUUAUCCACCAGCUACUCUCCUUUGCUUGGAAAGUUUGGUGCCUUGUCGAGAAUCCCAAGUGUCCAUGUUGCUGUCAAUAUUUGGAGAGCGUCAGCAGUUGAGUUUUCCAUCCAUCUUUAUCUAUGGACAUACAUCUAGUGGAAAGACCUAUGUGAUGAAGACUCUUCUAAACACAUUACAGCUUCCUCAUGUGUUUGUGAACUGUGUGGAAUGCUUUACUUCACGACUUCUUCUAGAAGAAAUUCUCAUCCAGUUGCAAAAUGGUUCUUCUGAAACAAAACAAGCUUCUCCUGUGCCUUGUGAUACCUUCAAUGACUUUGUGCGUCUGUUUAAACAAGCUCUCGUGAGUCAAAAUCUUCAAGAUCAAACAGUAUAUGUUGUACUGGAUCGAGCAGAACAGCUAAGGGAAAUGGAAGCGAAUGUCCUGCCAGCAUUUCUUAGGCUUCAAGAAUUGACUGACAGAAAUGUGACAGUUAUCUUGCUUAGUGAAAUAGUAUGGGAAAUGUUCCGUCCAAAUACUGGAUGCUUUGAGCCAUUCAUCUUGUAUUUUCCUGAUUACAGCAUAGGACACCUGCAGAAGAUCUUGUCCCAGAAUCAUCCUCCAGAAUAUUCUGCAGAUUUCUAUUCUGCAUAUAUAAAUAUUCUGCUUGGCGUCUUCUACAUGGUCUGUAGGGACCUCAAAGAACUUCAGCAUCUGGCAGCACUCAAUUUUUCUAAAUACUGUGAACCAGUGGUCAGAAGAGAAGCAAAAGAACGCGACACUCGUAAACUCUGGAAAAAUAUUGAACCUCAUUUGAAGAAGGCAAUGCAGACAGUUUACCUCCGGGAAAUAUCCAGCUCACAGUGGGAGCGAUUACAGUGUGAAGAAGAACCUGGGCAGAUUAAAGGACUUUCUGCACACGCACACGUGGAACUUCCUUACUACUCCAAAUUUCUUCUAAUUGCUGCUUACCUUGCCUCCUACAAUCCUGUUAGGACAGAUAAGAGAUUCUUUCUUAAGCAUCAUGGGAAAAUUAAGAAGACCAACUUCAUGAAGAAACAUGAAAAGACCAGCAAUCACCUCCUUGGACCAAAGCCAUUUCCUCUGGACAGAUUAUUAGCAAUAUUAUAUAGCAUUGUGGACAACAGAGUUGCUCCAACUGCAAAUAUAUUUUCCCAGAUCACCUCCCUUGUGACUCUCCAGUUGUUGUCUGUGGUUGGCAACAAUGACCAGCUUGAUGGACCCCGAUACAAAUGUACCGUAUCCCUGGACUUCAUCAGAGCUAUUGCCCGGACUGUGAACUUCGACAUAAUAAAGUACUUGUACGAUUUCUUGUGAAAACAAGCUUCACAGCCAUAUGGACACUGUGACAAUGACUAAGGCAAGCUGUGUUCAUCUCUCUACUUAGCUGGCCAGAAAGAAGAGUAUUUUGGCUCUUUUGGAUUUGUCCAAACAGGUGCUGGCCCAGCAUGGAUUCUGAUGAAAAUAUUCUGAUUGGUCUGGGUAGAUCUGAGCAGAGGACUAUUUACCGGGGACCCUGGAGUAUUUGGAAGCAAUGUGUUAAUUAUAAACAGCAGGGUUUGAGCACAAUCUGUUCUACUCUUAAUGAUGUUAUCUUAACACUGAAAUUGCCUGAAACCCAUUUACUUAGGACUGCAUUUUGCUCUAUGAACUCUCCCCAGUGCUUUGAACAUGGCAGCAGCCCUUGUUUGUAUGCCCAGUCUUUUCACUUCCUCUCCACAGGAAUCUUUCCAAUUGCCUGCCAAAGUAGCUUUUCCUGAGGCUACCAUUUUAGGAGAGUGGAGUAGCGAAAUACAAUAAAUAUAAGAAAAUAUUUAAAAUCAAGCUGGUAUAAAUGCUUUCUCUUCAGUCAUUCGUAGGCAGUGUGUUACACUGUUAUCUGGAGAUCACAGUGAUUGGGAACUCCCAAUUAAUCAUCAUACUGUCCUUUUUCAGACCAUUCAUAAAUGUUAACUACGAAUCUAUUUUUAUGAUACUUGCUUUUAAAAACUCAUUAAUUCAUGAAAUUCUAACCUGAACUUGAAAGUUUUUUUUUUUCUUGAACAUUUUAAAUUUCCUUUAAGCUUAUCCAAUUCUGUAGAGUGCUAAUUAUAAUGCUGUUUUAAAGAAUAUAAUUUAAGAUGCACACUGUGGUGGUUUUUGUAACGAUGUCAGUCCUAUGGAGAAGUGUGGUACAGCUGCCGUUCCAUCAGAAAGGGAGAGGUUCAACAGUUGACAAAGUAUUCCUGUAGUGGUUGUCCAAGCAAGGUGUAACAAUGAAUAGUCAAUGUAGUUCUGUAACAGCACAAAGCUUUGAUUUUGGAAAUAUAUGGUGGAAUACAAUGAAACUGUGUUUAUCCACAGUUUACGAGCAGAGGUGUCCCAGCUGCUGUUACCUUUAUAGAGUAUUGAAAUCCAUUGGCCCACUUAAGGAUUAUUGACUUCAUAAAUGUAAAGUUUUUUUCACCAUCUUGAAGACUCAGGGUCCCAUAGCCUGUUAUUUGGAUAUUUCGUUCCUGAAUGCUUGCCUCUGACUCUUUCAUAGUAUAAGACCAUGCUACGUCGUGUGUUGACUUCUAUGGAUUUCUGAAAAGAAAAAUACACACUUGCCUUGAUAUUGGAGAUGGUCAAAUACCCUGAACAUGUGUAGCUCUUUCUCAUUAUUUUUUUUCCAAUUGUGAACAUGUAGCCAGGCUUCUGCUUCUGGAUUUGGACUCAGAUGAAGGAGUUCCAGGUGAAUCUAAGCAACAGAAGCAUCCUUCUGGCCAAGCUGUCAUUUCCCUCCUCAGGAGAAUGUGAAAGGGCAGCAAUGAGUCAUCUCUGUGAUCUGUUUUCCUUCCGACUGCUGAGCUACAUCAAACCCUGCACCUGUCCAUGAGGUGGCAACAUUUGUCACACUUGCUGAAAUAAAUGGAUGCAAAUACAUGACCUGUUUCAAAAUGUU